AUGCCGAGGCCUUUGCGCAAGUCUGUUGCUGCUCAGCACCGCAGAGCUGCUCAGCUUGAGAGCAAGACACGAGCGGGCACUGGCCACUGUCAUGCGCAGGGUGAGAGCUACGAACGCCGCCAUCCUGAGUACGUUGCGCGUGACAGCAACGGACGACGGGGCACUGGGUCCCGUGCUACGCCGGGUCGUGCAAAGGAGUGGGGCGAAGGAGUUACCAAGAAGCGCCACUACUUCUUCCUGCCCAGAAAGAGCCCCAGCAAGAAGUUGGUCCUGUUUGCUGGGGACUCUCAUCUUAGCUCCAUCGUGGACAAGAGAGUGCACUUGCCAGAGGACAGCUUCACUUUCGGCUUCUCCUGCACUCCUGGGGCGACUGCAUCACAGCUGCAGAUGGAGCUUGGAGCUGAUUACGUGAAAAUGAGGGAGGAUCACAAGCACAUGAAAGACGACGACUACGAGCCUGACCUGUUGUGCCUUCUGGCGCCGUCCAACAUGCCCCGUGACCACAUCACCCCUAUUGAUGAGGCAGCCAGGACCUUCAAGAACCUACUGGCAUCUGCCAAGGAGAAGUGCGGAAAGGUGUGUGUUAUCGAUUUCCCGCCUCGUCUGUCUUUCAACGACGAGUAUCAGACAGCUCUUGGGCAGGAAUACCACAGGGUAGCAGCGACAGCCGGAGUCACGUACCACCUACUUGCACACCAUUUCUCCAUGAGUGACACCAAGCUGUGGGCUACAGAUGGGACCCAUCUCAGUGAUGACCAUGGCCUCUGCAUUCUUGUCGAGCAGCUGCUGGACGCAUGCACUCACGAGUUCGAGCGGUCUCCUCCCAGCCCCCCCAAGCUGCCAUCUCCCACCUACGCCAAGCCCCGCCGUCGUCCCGCACCUCCCGCGCCUGUGUCUCCUCCAGUCCCCGCCGCAGCCCCUCGCAGAGCUUCCACCAGGCAGCGCACACGCCUUGUACGUGACGUCAGCCCUGAAGGAUCUGUAAGCUUUCGCAGGAAGUUGCCAUCUGGGGAGUUCGCACCUUUUAGACCAUGUUCACCUGAGACUGCAGAACAGGUCACCGAGGUUGGCAUCCCACUGUCACCCGUUCUCUUCAGCCCUGCCAUGGCCGUAGAGAUGGAGAACAUUUGUCUGUCCAGCGGUGACAAACCUACAUCAUGCCCGGCAACAGAAAAGACUUCUUCUCUCAAGCGUGCAAAGACCAAGAACAAGAAGCGUCGCGUGAAGAGACAGAGGGUCGACGAGGCGGUCGACGAGAGGAGCUACAGGAGGCAUGCAAGAAGUUCCUCUGAAAGCUCCACAUCUUCUUUGGAGCUGCAUGACUUGGAGGUGUUCCCACAUCUUCCACGGCCAGCAGGGGAGCAGCAAAGUGCAACCUUGCACAUGGUGCCAGAGACGACAUCCCCGGGCAACCCACAAGAACACCAGGCAAGCUCUGAUGAAGACAACAAAGUUAAGUCAUGCUAUGCUAUUGAUGGUCGUCUUGCUUCACAAGUUGUUGCUGAUGGCCGCCGUGCCUCUGGUGUUGCUCAGUUUUCAUUAGAAGUAACUGACGCUGAAAUGCUUUCUGUAGCCGACAGUCACGAUGGCAGGACAUGUAAAGUUACUAAUGCUGCAAUAAUCACUGUUGCUAGUAGUCAACCUGACAGUACCUCUGAGAUCACAGAUGAAGAAAUGCUUUCUGUUCAAUGUCCUCCUGCUUCUUGUAUUGCUAUAUCAAAUACGCAAUCUCUUCCUGUCCCAAACAACAUACGGGGGUCUUUUCAUCAGGGGGUGUCCUCUCUGUUGUGCCCUGGGAAACAGUGCAUGCCCAUUGCUUUAGUUGCCAUUUCUCAACAUAAACGUAAAAAUGUUUUCACAUGGAAACAAUUUGAUUUGGAUAAUGUGCUUCAUUUGGGUGAUCAAAUGUACGCACAGUGCCAUAAUCCAGAUAAAGAUGACUUUAUGUGUGUUGGUGAUUUGCCAAAACAAUACAUUGUUGAUGACCACCACUUUACAUUUACAUUUGGGGAUGCAGUUAGUGGAAAUGUCAAUGUCAAUGAUAGUAAAUUCAUCCGAGAUGGUGUAUUAUUUAACUUAAGAGAUGGUUUGAGCAAGAUUGUUUCACAGAAUGAUUCUUGCCUCCUCACAGUUGGUUGUAACACCUGUGCAAUUAUUGCUAAUAAUGGUUGCUAUGCUGUGGUUGAUUCUCAUUCCCGUUCUCCCACUGGUUUAAUUCAUCCUGACGGUAAAAGCAUUGUGGCAUAUUUUGGUUGCUUGGAAGAUUUAUAUAUUCACAUUUGCUCAUUGGCUAAAAGUUUUAAGAAGAAGGACUUUGAAAUUCAAGGUGUAACUGCUAACUUCACCACUACUCAUUCCAUGCCAGAUGCUCCUCUAUUGGAUUUGGAUGUGCAGUUUAUUGGAGAGACCACCACAGCCCUGCACUUCAAACCUUUGACUGAACAAGUCUGUAGACAAUUGUGUGACAAAUUGAACAUAGACUUUGAAAAAAGUGAUUAUCCUCCAAUUGACAUUGUUGGUUUGUUGGGCAAUCCAUGCAAAAAUGAGAGUAUUGUUGGUGAUGGUAACUGUUUUUUCCGUGCAAUUUCCCAAGCAGUUUGUGGCACACAAAAAAAUCACAGAAAAUUUAGGGUCGCAGCAGUGAAACAGCUCAAAAAAUAUCCUCACAUAUACACAGGUUUAUUUGAAGGAUAUUCAUCUGUUCAAGAAUACAUUGAGAACACAAAGAUGAACAAAAUUCACACUUGGGCUACUCAAACUGAAAUUCAAGCAAUGGCUGAUUAUUUGGGUGUCAGUGUCUAUACUUACACAAGUAAUCGUUGGAUUAGGUAUAGUUCUAACACUCAACAGUUGUCAGAUGCUGCAAUUUAUUUGGAACAUUGUAAUGAAAAUCACUAUGAAACUGUCAUCUGUGUUUCUCUGGCUGAUGGACAGGGUUGCUAUAACUUGUGUAAAGAUAAUGUUAAUGUCAGACCAUACAAAACUCGAUGUCUAAAGACAGCUACCAGGGAGAGUAACUCUGAUUCAGAUCUCGAUUUUUGCAUUUCUGAUAAAUAUGUACACACAUGUGACAUGACUUGCCCUAAGCCAUGUAACAUGUCUGUGUAUAGAGGAAAGCUAAACAUAUGCCACACCUGUAACAGUAAAUUGAUUCGAGGUACCAUCCCGGCUGAGUGUGCAGCUAACAAUUUGGAACUCCCCCCAGUACCUGAGGAACUUACACGAUUAAACAGUAUAGAAACUCAUCUUAUUUCACCAAACAUUAUGUUUUGUAAAUACAUGACAUUGCCUAAAACAAAACAGCGAGGCAUUCGAGGUCCCGUGGUGUGCGUUCAAAGUAGGGUUACAGAGACCUGUGACAAAUUGUUGCCCCGAACGGGCUCCCCUGGCCUGGUGCAAGUCAAACUGAAACGCAAAAUGUCUUAUAAAGGUCAUUAUGAGUAUCAGUUUGCAAACACUCAAAAUGUGACAGAAGCUUUGGCGUGCCUUAAACAAAUUAACAUUCACUAUGAAGACAUCGAGUUCAAUCAAGACUGGAUCAAUGAUUUUAGCAGAGAGGAGCCUGAGGAACAACAAGAACAACAAGACACAAAUGAAGUCACUGCUGAACAUACCGAUCCACGGCCACAAGACCCCAUAGAAGCUGAACAUCUGUAUGAGAACCAGCAGCAUGGUGUCUACAAUGACACAUGCUCUAUGCCACUAGACCUGGGUCAGGAGACGCUGGACCAGUAUCUUGAUAAUGUCGUUAGUGUUGCUCCGGCUGAAGGAAACAACCCAGUGAGCAAACUCCAUGACCAUACAAACGAGGCCAAAUGUUUUCCCGCCAUUUUUGUGACUGGCACAAAUACAUUUCAUACCCCGAGAAAAUUUCCACUCACUUUAUCCAAAUAUUUCAAAUUACGCCUUUUGAACGCUGACACGAGAUGUGCAAACAAUAUAGAAUAUCUGUUUUAUGCAGAUAACACGUUGAUCUUAUAUAAUGUCAUUAAUUGUGUCUCCAUUGCAACACGCAAAGGACAAUUUGAUGGCAUUACAAGAGGUAACGCUCAGGACAGUGACGGUAACGUUUUGAGACACGUGGUUCAGUUUAAUGGUGGUUUCCGGUUUUUGUCACCAAUCGUUGGCUCACCUGCUUACUGGCAACAAUGUAAGCGUGAGGUUUUUUCAAUGAUACGUCAGCUAGGAAUUCCAACUUGGUUCUGUUCUUUCAGUGCUGCUGACUUGCGCUGGGAAAAUCUAAUUGAAGCACUUCUCAUACAGGAUGGAAGAACACAGACAGUUGAACAUUUGAACUGGGCUGAACGGUGUAAUCUUUUGAGGAAGAACCCUCUGGUUGCAGCUCAAAUGUUUGACUACAGAUGGCAUUGGUUCUUGAAGUUGAUUCUCAUGUCCCCUGCUAAUCCCAUUGGAAAAAUUGUGGAUUAUUUUUGCCGGGUUGAGUUCCAGGCUAGAGGCUCCCCCCACAUACACGCUCUCUUCUGGGUAGAAAAUGCCCCUAGAAUUGAUGAAAACACCGAUGAAGAAGUCACUACUUUUAUUGAUAAAUAUGUCACCUGUGAGGUUCCACAAAAUGAUCCCAAACUGGCGGAAAUGGUGAAAACUCUGCAGACCCACUCAAAACACCACUCUAAAAGUUGUCGAAAAAAGAAGACAGUCUGUAGAUUUAAAUUCCCACGCCCACCAUCUCGGAGAACUUUUAUCAAAAGGGCACGGCAAACCCCCAUUUGUCCAAAAUGCCAUUUGAAAAAAGAUGAUGCACUCUGUGUAUGUCCACCAGAUGACCCAAAUCGCAUGUCCAAAGAGCGUGCAGAUCGCAUUAUAUCUGACGUGAAAGAGGCUGCGCUGAGUGUCAUUGACCCGCCCAAAGACAACGCAGAACUGUUUGCACGACUUGGCAUCACACAGGAACUUUAUGAAGAAGCCUUUCAAGUUUCAGACGGCCACACCAGUAUUAUUUUAAAAAGGGAACUGUCUGAUAUGUGGAACAAUCAAUUUAACGGUUUUCUGCUGUUUUGUUGGGCGGCUAAUAUUGAUAUCCAGUAUGUCGUUGAUGGUUUUGCUUGUGCGGCUUACAUGGUGACAUACAUCUCUAAAAGUGAAACAGAAGUGGGCUUGCUGCUUGGAAACGCACACAAGGAAGCAUUAGAAGGCAAUGAAAGUGCUAAAGAUGCUAUGAAAAAAAUGGGAAAUGUGUAUGUACAAAAUCGUGAGGUGUCAGCCCAGGAAGCUGCUUAUCGAGUCACUGGAAUGCAUCUCAAAGAAUUCUCCCGCAAAGUGUCUUUUAUUCCUACAGGUGAUAACAUAGUCCGGCUUACUAAACCCAUAAAACAGCUUGAAAACAGUUCAUCUGAGGACAUUUGGAUGACUAACAUAACAGACCGUUAUAUCAAUAGGCCAGAUGACAGUACUUUUAAUGACAUGUGCAUUUCUGUUUUUGUGUCCGAAUAUCGUGUGUUGUGCAAAGGUCAAACCAGCCGGAACCCAAUUCUGCUCCAAAACUCUAUGGGUGCCAUAACAAAGCGCAUUCGUACCCAACCUGCAGUGAUUAGGUAUGCCCGCUUCUCUCAAACUGAACAUCCAGAACUGUUCCAUCAGAGUAUUUUACAGUUGUUUCUCCCCUAUCGUGCAGAGAGCGACCUCAUGCCACCUCCAUUCACUGCGUUUGAACAGUUUUACACUCACGGACACAUUGUUCUUUCCAAUGGAUCAGUGUGUUCAGUUAAAUCUGUGGUUGAUGCAAAUAGAAACAGAUUUGACAAACACACUGAGGACUUGGAAACACUUUGUAAUGAAGUCAGCGUCAAUGCAAAUCUGGAAGAUGCAUGGUCUGCUCUCUGCCCAGUACAACAACUUGAAAGGAUGGAAGAUAAGGAAGAGGUUGUGGAGAUGGCGGGGGAAGACCAUGCUGACUUUGUCGAAAUUCCUGAAUUGGCCAUUCCAACAGACAGUAUCCAAUCAUCUAUCAAUCCAUUUGAAAAAACCAAAACAUUAACUAGACAAGAGGGUUUAAACUUAAUCCGAUCGUUAAAUGAACAACAGAUGGCCAUUUUCACCCAAAUUCGACACUGGUGCUUGCAAAAAAUUAAUAAUCAAAACCCAGAGCCACUACACACAUUCAUUACCGGCGGAGCAGGCACUGGAAAAAGCCAUCUCAUUAGAGCAAUACAAUACGAAGCUACAAGACUUUUGGCACCUUUAUGCUCUACUCCAGAUGGUGUUAGCGUUUUGCUAACUGCACCUACUGGAAUAGCAGCAUAUAAUCUAAAGGCUGCAACCAUUCACUCUUCAUUUAGCAUAGGCAUGGACUGCCGCCUCCCCUAUGUUCCACUCGGUGAAGAGAAAAUCAAUACUCUGAGAGUUCAGUUCCAGGAUGUUCACAUUCUCAUCAUAGAUGAGGUUUCUAUGGUCUCCUACAACUUGCUGGUUUACAUUCAUGGUAGAUUACGGCAGAUCAAACAAACUGGUGAUUCCCCAUUUGGAAACGUUAGCGUUAUUGCAGUCGGAGACUUUUACCAAUUACCUCCAGUUAAAGGUAAACCUUUGUAUGACACACGAGUUGGCUAUAAUCUUUGGCAAGAUUUGUUUCACAUUGCAGAGCUGACAACAGUUGUAAGACAGCAAGACACCACAUUUGCUGAUCUACUCAAUCGCCUAAGAACCCGGUCAAGAGACACGCCCCUGCUCCCAGAAGAUGAAGCCAUUUUAAGAAGUCGUGUCACAGGACAAACAUCUACUGCCCUACACAUCUUCCCCACUAACACGCAAGUCCAGUAUCACAACUCUGAACAGGUCCAACGCAUCUGCCCAGAUUACAUCACCAUCACAGCUCAAGAUUACAGCUACAGUAAAAAAACUGGCAAACUCAUUGAAUUCACAGACGGGGUUGUUAAAACAAAGCAUACCUCGCUACUCGAUGAAUUGCCUGUUGGUGUCAAUGCACGGGUCAUGCUGAUUAAAAACGUGGAUGUAGCCGACGGACUGGUGAAUGGAAUAUGUGGCACCGUCACUCACAUAGACAAUCCACCAAACAGAAGGCUCCCACUGGCUAUUUACGUGCAAUUUGACGACGACAAAAUUGGCGCACAAAAAAGAAGCCGCACUGUCACUCCACCGGGCCUGACUGGUUCUACACGCAUAGAGCCAGUGGAAGAUCAAGCUAAUAAAAAGGGGGAAAAGCGUCGUCAGUUCCCCCUUAAAUUAGCAUGGGCUUGCACGGUGCACAAGGUACAAGGUCUUACUGUUGAUGCAGCUGUGGUCUGUCUGGACCAAACUUUUACAGCAGGUCAAGCCUAUGUCGCCUUAAGCCGUGUCAGGAGUUUAGAAGGUCUCAUCAUUCAAAAAUUCAAACCAAAGAAAAUCUACUGCAACAGUAAGGUCAGACCGGCAUUAGACACAAUGCUUCCCUUCAUGUUCACAGGGCCGUCAUUGGACAUACAUGAAACACAAGUUUUCAACUUGUUUUUCAUGAAUGUGCAAGGACUUCCGCAACAUGUGCCUGACUUACAGUCAUGUAUGCAGAAAUUCCAUCCCCACUGCAUUGCCGUUACAGAAACUUGGCUCACUGAACGCUCACACCACCAAUCCAAUAGCAUUGCAGGAUAUCAUUUCCACAGUCAAACCCGCAGUUUGGCAUAUCAAAGCAGCCGUCACCCUGCACUGGUCAAUUUGCGCACACAGCUACAUGGUGGAGUUGGAAUCUAUUGUCAAGACGGUUAUUCCUACGACACUGUGUCAUUACAAAACACUAAUCUGGAAUGUUUGGCUAAACAUUUCACUGAACAUGACAUUCUCAUUGCUGUCAUUUACCGCCCCACAUCAUACCCAAUGACUGUAUUCAAACAAAAUUUAAACACACUGGUGAAUUGGCUUGACUCAAAUUACAAUCACAUCGCAAUCGUAGGGGACUUUAAUGACGACAUAUUGAAAUCUUCCAGUCUUUGCAAUUUCAUGCAAAAAAAGGGAUUUGUUCAAUGUGUCGCCUCUCCCACUACAGAAAGAGGCACUUUAAUUGAUCACAUGUACUUAAAGUCCUCUCAGUUUGAAGUUGACACAAUUGUGGUACCAACUUACUUCAGUGAUCAUGAAGGGAUAGCUUGUCGUUUUAAGCAUAAAAACACAACAGCCAAUUAAAAUAACAUUUCCCUUUUUUUAAGCCUUUCAGUUUCUUUUUUUGGCCUUUUUUUUGCUUUUAUGCAGCUUUGUGUGUCAUCUCUUUUUGACUAGCUUCCGAUCUACUUUUAUUUUAUGUCAUUUUUUUUACUUACUUAAAAACACAACAGGCAAUUAUCUCUUUUUUUAUCUUUUUCUUUUUUUUUGAAGGGGUAUUUAAAUUUCUCCACUGCGGUGCUUGUUUUUUUUUUCCAUUUUUUUGUUUUGUUUUUUUCACUGGCGUUUCAUCUACUUUUGAAAUUAUGUACGUUCUUUUUUUUUUAAAUUUACUUAAAAACACAACAUUAUCUCUUUUUUCCUUGUUUUUCUGUUUUUCUUUCACUGUUUUGUUAUUUUUAUUUUUUUUAUUGUUAUUUUUUUAAAGGCAUAAGUAACAUAGAUUUUUCACAUUUCAGGUCCCUGUCUUACUC